AUGAAGCUCUUUGAUACCCUGAAAUCGGAUCUCAAAACCGAUGUUACUUGGAACCGAGCCGCCCGGCUUGGCGCUUCUGGGGCAAGAUCCCUGCCCUCCGGGACCGUCCAGUAUCUGGCCGACAAAGUCCCCAUCAUCGGCUGGUUGCCAAAAUAUAACCCGCGAUGGCUCGUUAGCGACCUGAUAGCGGGUCUUACGCUGGGUCUUAUGUUGAUUCCGCAAGGCUUGUCCUAUGCCAAGAUUGCAGACAUUCCUGUUGAGUACGGGUUGAUGUCUAGCUGGCUGCCUGCGGUAAUUUACGCCUUUAUGGGGUCAACGAAAGAUGUAUCAACCGGACCAACCUCGCUCAUCGGCUUACUCACGUCUGAGAAUGUGCACGCUCUUCAAGACCGAUGGACCCCAUCCGAGAUCGCAUCCGCAACCGCCUUCAUGAUGGGCAUCUACGGAAUAGUACUGGGAUUCCUCAAGCUUGGAUUCCUGUUGGAGUUUAUCUCCCUCCCAGUGCUCAGCGGCUUCAUCACAGCAAUUGCCAUCACUAUCAUCCUCAACCAGAUGGAUUCUCUCCUGGGAGAAGACAACGUUGGCGAUGGUGCUGCUCGACAAAUCCAUGAUAUUUUCAAUGAGCUACCUAACGCCAACGGAUGGGCAUGUCUCAUUGGAUUUACUGGAAUAUUAUUCCUGACGAUACUGGACAAGUCUGGGAAGAGAUGGGGCAAGAAGAACAGGGUCAUCUGGCUCUUGUCCAUCACUAGGGCUUUCCUCGCACUCGUUCUCUUCACUGGAGUGAGCUAUGCUGUCAACAAGAACCGAGGAGAAGACUUUCUCUUUGAUGUUGUCAAGGUUCAGUCCAAGGGUCAGCAAGCGCCAAGAAUGCCAAGAAAGGAUCUCAUUCCCGAGAUUGCCGGCCGCAGCAUUGCCGUCUUUAUCGGCUCCGCAGUUGAACAUCUCGCUAUUGCUCGAGCUUUUGCCGUCAAGAACCACUACGCGUCAGACCAGAGCCAAGAGCUUUGCUAUCUUGGAGUCACCAACUUCUUCAAUAGCUUCUUCCAUGCUAUGGGUGUUGGCGGUGCCAUGUCUCGGACAGCGGUCAACUCGUCAUGCAAUGUCAAAUCACCACUCUCUGGGGUUGUGACCAUGGCUGUCGUGCUUGUCUGUGUCUAUGAGCUUGUGGGCACUCUCUAUUGGAUCCCUAAAGCGACGUUGGCCGCCAUCAUCAUCACUGCUGUAUGGGGACUUAUUUCUCCUCCAUCGACAUUUUACAGAUACUGGAAGACUUCGCUAGCGGACUUUAUCUCAUCAAUGCUUGCGCUUUGGGUGACACUCUUUGUCUCAAGUGAGGUCGGCAUCGGAUGCGCGGUUGGGUUCAACAUCGUCUAUGUGUUGUUGCGCCAGGUAUUUACACGGCUAUCGUCGACUGGUAGCGAUGUUGAGUCAAGAGCUGGCAACCUCCAGAGACUCGGUGGCGCUUCACCCCACAUUCCUGAAGAUAUGAGGGUAUUCACAUUCAACGAGUCUCUCUUCUUCCCCAACGCCUUUCGCAACACGUCCAAGAUCUUGGAUGACAUUCAGACCUUUCAUGCACCAGUCUACAAUGGGAGUCACGGUCUUGAAACCGAGCGGAACUGGUCUGUGGUGGGCGAGAAGAGAGUGGCGCGUCUCCGCAAACAAGCCGGCAUUGACGGUGUCUCAUCGCUUCCAGAGAUCAGAGUCGUCGUUCUCGACUUUACUCGUGUCAACAUGAUUGACACGACUGCCGUUACUCACUUGCGGAACAUGGUGGCAGCCCUGAAGACGUACGCUGGAGAUGGCCUUGAGAUCCGGUUUGCUGGCAUGAGCUCUCAAUGUCGUGAGCGCUUCGAGAGAGCGAAUUGGCACAUCACCAAGGUAGGAUCUGAUGGAGAGGAUGCCGGGGAUGUUUCUGAGUCUACUUAUCUGUACUGGGAUACUGCGGCCGCAAUAACGGCGCCAAGACGGAGGGACUCGGUUCUCAGUAAUGAAGGCAAAGUGCAUGCGAUGCAUCAGGAGAAGGCAGAUGCUUGA